AUGAAUGACAUUUUAAGACCAGAGCUAAUAUGGAUAGAAGGACGAUGUUACAGAGUAAACGAUCCGACCGCAGAAAUUUCAACAUUACAGGAACAUGAUUUAUAUGAAAAUGAUAUGCCUUAUAAUGAUAUUGAUGAUGAAGAUGACAUUGAUGAUGACUAUGAAAUAUCCCAAGUUGACAACAAUAGAUACUGUACAAGACUCCAUGUUUCCAAACACUAUAUGGGAUUUGUAAUAGGAAAGAAAGGUGCUACAGUUGGAAGAAUUAGAAGGGAUACGAGGACAGAUAUCAAGAUACCUAAGCAAGGUGAAAAUAAUGAUAUCACCAUUUAUGGAUCUAGCAUAUCAAAUGUUAAAGCUGCUAGAAGAAGAAUCAACAUAAUUGUUAUGUCAUCUCGUAUGAAGCAACCAAGUACACAUUUCGUAUCUAUUCCUGUGAAUGAUACAAAUAUCAGGAAUAAUUUUGAAAAUUUUAAGGAAUCAGUGCUGCAAGAAUGUUCCAAUUCAGGAUUAGAUGACUCUUUAUUUAUACGAAGUGAGAAAUUGCAUUUGACUGUGGGAAUGUUGUGCUUAAUGGAUAAUGAAGAGCGAAUGCAAGCUUCCGAAUUACUUAUGGAAGCUAAAGAGAAAUAUAUUAUCCCUAUACUUCAAGACUAUUUGCCACUUAAUGUAAGAUUAAAAGGUAUAUCGUAUAUGAACGACGAUCCUAAACAAACCCAUGUGUUGUAUGCCCGCGUGGAAGAGGCGAAUGCACCGGCCGGCUUGUUGCAGAGAAUGGUGGACGCGAUCGUACAACACUUUUAUAGAGCAGGUCUCAUGGAAAAGGAAUUUGGUCGGGAUAGUGUGAAAAUGCACGUGACACUAAUGAAUUCCAAGUACAAAGCGGAAAAGAAAGACUUAGAAGAAGACAGUCCUAGGAGAAGACCAAGAGAAUCGUUUGAUGCUUCACAAAUCUUAGAAAGAUUCUCAGAUUAUGACUUUGGUGUAACGCAAUUGAAUGACAUACACCUGUCUCAACGUCACUGUAUGGGGCCGGACGGAUAUUAUCAAUCUACGUGUAUUAUUUCAUGUAAUAAGCAA